UCUAGGUAAAUUAAUAUCUAGAAUUUAACUAAGAAAUAUCCAGUGAAUUGUUUAGAAAAAUCUAGAGGGGGAAAAUUCUAGAGAAUGAACUAAGUCUUUCGCACCCAAAUUUCUAACGUACUAGUCUAUAGCCUCUAGCACAGUACCUACAAGUAAUGUCUAAUUUUGGUGUGCAUCAUACUUUCCUGAAAUCCAUCCAUUUUCUCCAGACACCCUCUCUCUUUGAGUCUCUCCAUUUCUCACAAGCAUAAACUGGGGAGAUUGGAGAAGAAAAAGCCAUGUCUGACAUUCCACCAGAGGUAAUCAACAAAAUUCUGGAGAGAUUGCCAGUAAAGUCACUCCUCCGUUUCAAAUGCGUUUCCAAAACUUGGUACUCUCUCAUCAGCAACCGCAACCUCGAAUUCGCCAUCAAUAACCUCAAGCAUUGUCUCUCCUCGAACGACAAUACGCUCCUUGCCAUAUUCAACGACAACUGGUCUCUGCAGUCGAAUGAAUUCGACAUCAAAGACCCUUUCUCACCUGUUACCAGGUUUGAUCUCGGCAUUCCUUCUGAGUAUGAUUCUGAAGAUUAUUGUUUCAAUGCCCGAAUUGUUGGUUCUUGCAAUGGUCUUGUCGCAGUGGUUUUGGAUGGAUGUUUAUGCCUAAUGGUAUCCCUGAAGACUGAGUUGUUUAGGGAUACCAAUGUAUGGGUUAUGAAAGAGUAUGGUGUUAAAGAGUCUUGGGCUCCGUUGUUCUCCCUGUCUGAAAUCGACAUUUUCAAGCCUUUGCCUAUGCCCCUAAUUGCUUUUUCCAAGGAUGAAUUUCUGGGGAGGCAAGAUGUCGGAUAUGUUGUCUUAAGAACUCUCCCUAUUCUGUAUGCUGACAGUAAUAGUCUUCAGAGUUUGAUGUAUAUCGCUUACCUGGUCUUAAGAACUCUCCAUAUUUUGUAUGCUGAUAAUCUAACAGUCCCUUCUCCGGGAGUUGAUGCCUUGGGAUGCCAUUGUUGUGUUGGAAGCCUUGUUCUCGUUCCUAAUGGAGUACCUCAGAACCGACAGUGAUUAUAUCUAGUAACUGUGAAGUUCCUGUUGUUCUUGCCUUUUGCAGUCGGUUGCUAAUCUCUUAUGAUGUCUUAAGAACUCUCCAUAUUUUGUAUGCUGACAGUAAUAGUCUUCACAGUUUGCUGUAAAUCGCUUACCUUGUUGUAAGAACUCUCCAUGCUCUGUAUGCUGAUUAUCUAGCUUUUGCCUUCAGAGUCUGUUGUAAAUCGCUUAUGUUGUCUUUAAGAACAAGAACUCUGUUUCUUUCCUUUUCUAUUGCUAUAAUCGCUUAUGCUGUCUUUAA